AUGAAUGCAGUGGCAGUCAACCCCGGCUGUGUCCUGGAGGAUUUUGUGCGCUGGUAUUCACCUCGGGAUUACGUAGAAGAGGAAGUGGUCGAUGAGAAGGGCAACACGAUGGUGACGGGGACACUCAGUCCCAGGAUGAAGAUCCCAGGCAACAUGUGGGUGGAGGCUUGGGAGACUGCCAGGGUCACACCUGCACGACGCAAAAAAAGACUUUUUGAUGACACCAAGGAGGCCGAGAAGGUUCUGCACUACAUGGCGAUGCAGAAACCUGCAGACCUGGCCCGUCACCUCCUGCCCUGUAUACUUCAUGCAACUAUUCUGAAGUUGAAGGAAGAAGGUAAGUCCUCACCGUUUGGUUGA